CAGCCCCGGGCGCAGCCCGCAGCUCGCCCCCGCUCCCCGCCGUCAGCGCCCCGCGAUCCGCGCCCCGGCCGAAGCGAGCCCGGCCCGAGGGACGGGGGAAGAGGAGGGCAGACCCCGCCGGCUGCGAGGGGAGGGAGAGGGAAAGUUUGGCGGAGGGAGUGGGGAUUAGGAGUUAUCCCCAAAGAGCCUUUCCCUACUCCGAGCCAGAGGGCAGCGCUCGGGAGAGGGGGCGGCGGCGGCGGCGGCGGCGGGCGCCCUGCAACAUCCGCACAACUUGGAGAGCGGCGGGAGCGGAGAGGGGCGGCGGGACGAACAACUUUUCCGACACGUAUUAGUUCAAGGAGAGCUGAAGUAAUGAGAAGUCACCAUGGAGGCGCAGUCCCAUAGCUCUACUACGACAGAGAAGAAAAAAGUGGAGAAUUCCAUUGUGAAAUGCUCCAAUCGAACAGAUGUCAGUGAGAAAGCUGUUGCCUCCAGCACAACUUCCAAUGAGGAUGAAAGUCCUGGACAGACCUAUCACAGAGAGAGAAGGAACGCAAUCACAAUGCAGCCACAAGGUGGGCAAGGCCUCAGCAAGAUCAGUGAGGAGCCUUCAACAUCUAGCGAGGAAAGGGCCUCGUUAAUAAAGAAAGAGAUCCAUGGAUCUAUAUCGCACCUUCCUGAACCUUCUGUACCUUAUCGUGGGACACUGUUUACUAUGGACCCCAGAAAUGGUUACAUGGAUCCUCAUUACCAUCCACCUCACCUCUUUCCAGCGUUCCACCCUCCUGUACCAAUUGAUGCGCGACAUCAUGAAGGACGCUACCAUUACGAACCAUCUCCCAUUCCUCCUCUGCAUGUGCCUUCUGCCUUAUCUAGUAGCCCAACAUAUUCAGAUCUUCCGUUCAUUAGAAUUUCCCCACACAGAAAUCCUGCUGCGGCAUCGGAGUCUCCCUUCAGCACUCCUCACCCAUACAUUAACCCGUACAUGGACUAUAUCCGCUCCCUGCACAGCAGCCCAUCCCUUUCCAUGAUCUCGGCAGCCCGGGGACUCAGCCCAACAGACGCUCCACAUGCUGGCGUCAGUCCAGCUGAAUAUUAUCAUCAGAUGGCUCUGUUGGCAGGCCAGCGCAGCCCUUACGCAGACAUCAUUCCUUCAGCUGCCACUGCUGGAGCUGGUGCUCUACAUAUGGAGUAUCUUCAUGCCAUGGAUAGCGCCAGGUUUCCGAGUCCGAGAUUAUCAGCUAGACCAAGCCGAAAGCGUACGUUGUCCAUAUCCCCCCUAUCUGAUCACAGCUUUGACCUUCAGACCAUGAUACGGACAUCUCCAAAUUCCUUGGUCACAAUUCUCAAUAAUUCUCGUAGCAGCUCCUCAGCCAGUGGUUCUUAUGGCCACUUAUCUGCAAGCGCAAUAAGCCCUGCUCUGAGUUUCACAUACCCUCCUACACCGGUAUCCCUGCAACAAAUGCAUCAGCAAAUUAUAAGUCGUCAGCAAACCCUGGGUUCUGCCUUUGGACACAGCCCUCCUCUCAUCCAUCCUGCUCCAACUUUUCCUACCCAGAGACCUAUCCCUGGCAUCCCCAGUGUCCUGAACCCUGUCCAGGUCAGCUCUGGACCUUCUGAGUCCACACAGCAGAACAAACCCACAAGUGAGUCUGCAGUGAGCAGCACUGGGGAUCCAAUGCACAACAAGCGCUCCAAGAUAAAGCCCGACGAGGACCUCCCCAGCCCGGGUGCAGGAAGCGUGCAGGAACAGCCAGAAGGUAUGACCCUGGUAAAGGAGGAAGGGGACAAAGAUGAAAGCAAACAGGAGCCUGAAGUGGUCUACGAGACGAACUGCCAUUGGGAAGGCUGUUCCCGGGAGUUUGACACACAGGAACAGCUAGUGCAUCAUAUAAAUAAUGACCACAUACAUGGUGAGAAGAAAGAGUUUGUGUGCCGAUGGCUGGACUGUUCCCGGGAGCAGAAACCAUUCAAAGCCCAGUAUAUGCUGGUGGUCCACAUGAGGAGACAUACAGGGGAAAAGCCACACAAAUGCACUUUUGAAGGUUGUACAAAGGCCUACUCCAGACUAGAAAACUUGAAAACGCACUUGAGAUCUCACACUGGAGAGAAGCCAUAUGUGUGUGAACAUGAGGGCUGCAACAAAGCUUUCUCCAAUGCAUCUGACAGGGCCAAGCACCAAAACAGGACUCAUUCAAAUGAGAAACCAUAUGUUUGCAAGAUCCCAGGCUGCACAAAGCGCUACACAGACCCCAGUUCUCUCCGGAAACAUGUGAAGACCGUGCAUGGCCCAGAAGCACACGUCACCAAGAAGCAGCGAGGAGACAUCCAUCCAAGGCCUCCACCACCCAGAGACCCAGGCAGCCACUCUCAGACACGAUCGCCAGGCCAGCAGACUCAGGGUGCAACUGGGGAGCAGAAGGACCUCAGCAACGCUACCUCAAGGCGUGAAGAAUGCCUCCAAGUGAAAGCAGUCAAGUCAGAGAAACCAAUGACAUCUCAGCCAAGCCCUGGUGGUCAGUCUACAUGCAGCAGCGAACAGUCCCCCAUCAGCAACUAUUCCAACAAUGGGAUCGAGCUUACUCUGACCGGUGGCGGUAGUGUAGGAGACCUCAGUGUCAUCGAUGAAACCCCAAUCAUGGACUCUACCAUUUCCACAGCCACCACAGCACUUGGCUUACAGGCCAGGAGGAAUAUGACAGGGACCAAAUGGAUGGAGCAAGUGAAAUUAGAAAGGUUGAAACAAGUUAAUGGAAUGCUUCCAAGACUGAACCCCAUUCCACCUUCCAAAGCCCCAACCUUGCCGCCUCUCAUAGGAAAUGGUACCCAAUCAAACAGCAGCUGCAGUGUAGGAGGAUCCAUGACUAUUCUGCCAAACAGGAAUGAACUUUCAAGUACGGACAUCACUGUGUUGAACAUGCUAAACAGGAGGGACAGCAAUACGAGCACAAUCAGUUCAGCCUACUUGAGCAGCCGCAGGUCUUCUGGAAUCUCACCUUGCUUCUCCAGCCGGAGGUCCAGUGAUGCCUCCCAGGCUGAGGGAAGACCACAAAAUGUGAGUGUUGCGGACUCCUAUGACCCCAUCUCGACGGACGCCUCUCGGCGCUCCAGUGAAGCAAGCCAAUGUGAUGACCUGCCAAGUCUUCUCAGCCUCACCCCGGCCCAGCAGUACAGGCUGAAAGCUAAAUAUGCAGCAGCUACUGGUGGACCCCCACCAACUCCACUGCCUAAUAUGGAGAGGAUGAGCCUCAAAACAAGGAUGGCACUCUUGGGUGACUGCAGGGAGUCUGGAAUAUCUCCACUGCCUCCAGUGAAUGCCCCUCGAAGAUGUAGUGAUGGUGGGGCAAAUGGUUACAGCAGGAGGCAUCUUCUAUCUCAUGAUGCUCUAGGAAAUGGGACAAGGAGAGCCAGCGAUCCGGUAAGAAUGGUCUCCAAUAACCUCUCUGUCUCUAGAGUCCAACAUUUCAACAGUCUUAAUAGCUUUCAUUCUCCUGCUUUGCCUCCAUCCAUGGAAAAGCGCAACCUUGUCCUUCAGAACUAUACCCGUUCUGAAGGAGGUGUUUUCCGUGGCUUCAGUUCCCCCUGUCCUCCAAGCAUCAGCGAGAAUGUCACCCUGGAGGCUGCUACAAUGGAAGCAGGUGGCAGUUUGAACGAUGAGGAUCUCCUGCCAGAUGAUGUGGUUCAGUAUCUGAAUUCCCAGAACCAGGGCGUGUACGACCACUUGUUGAACAAUGUCCUAGACAGCAACAAAACACAUCACAGUGUGGUUUUAGGAAACAACAAUCCUAGCAACUUCGACCGAGCCCCUCCAGCAAGCAGUCAGCCUGCAGGCUCCGAGGUGAGCAAGAGUGACUUACCCAUUCAGUGGAAUGAAGUAAGCUCAGGAAGUUCUGACUUAUCUCCUACAAAACUGAAAUGUAGUCAGCGCUCAGCAGUGCAGCAGGCUAGAGCCUUUGGACUGUAUAACAACAUGAUGGUUCAGCAGCAGAACUUGCAGAGAAGCAAUGUGGCCCAGCAAAAUGGCUAUCAGAACCUGAUGGAAAACAAUGGUUCCUAUAGUUUACAGCAGAACAUGGUCCUUGGCAGCGGAGCCAAUAGUUCUUUCAGCAUGCAGGCCAAUAAGCCUUAUGGUGAAAGCAUCAGCAGGCAACCGAUGAUUUCUGGGGCAAUGGACAAUUCCUGUGGCAUGGCAGUUCAAGGGCAGAAGCCGAGAAGCAGCAACAUGCCAGUGAGUGGGAACCAGCAAAAUUUUGGUCAUCCCAUUGCAUCCAGUGAUCAAGCCACCAGUAUGGCAAAUGGGAUGCAGAAUAGGAAUAUGAUGGAACAGGAAUAUUUGCAAAACCAACUUGUUGGAGAUGGUAUUCAUUACCAGGGAGUCAAUCACUCCGGUCCAAUGAUGCUAGGGCAGGUUAGUCCUACCUCACAAAGCGGCCUCUAUCAAGGGCCACAGAGUUGUCCACCGGCAUCUCACACCAUUGAUAACCAGCCUUCGGGUUUGUCAGUGGCCAAGAGUUACCAGCUGUGUGCUAAUUACAGUAGCAACAGGCGGCAAAAUAUGUUGAGGAACAACCUGGCACAACAGCAAGGACAUGUAAGUGAUGGUAACCAGACGUACAGGGUAAACACCAUUAAGAUGGAGAUGCAAGGUCAAUCACAGCAGUUCUGCUCUAAUAUGCAGAAUUACUCUGGUCAGUUAUAUGACCAAACCACAGGCUUUAGCCACCAAGCUAUGAAAACAGGUUCUUCUUUCUUUGUUUCGGAAGCUAACUGCCUGCUGCAGGAGACUGCUACUGCAAACUCCUCUGAGCUUCUUUCCCCAGGGGCUAACCAAGUAUCAAGCACAGUUGACAGCCUUGACAGCAACAGCCUAGAGGGUGUGCAGAUUGAUUUUGAUGCUAUCAUAGAUGAUGGAGACCAUGUCAGCUUAAUUUCAGGAGCCCUGAGCCCAAGCAUCAUUCAGAAUCUCUCCCGCAAUUCCUCACGCCUCACCACUCCCCGAGCGUCUCUUACAUUCCCGGCUAUGCCUGUAAGCACAACCAACAUGGCUAUUGGGGACAUGAAUUCUUUGUUGACCUCACUUGCAGAAGAAAGCAAGUUUCUUGCUGUUAUGCAAUAGACAUGAAAGAAAAAAAGCCCGCUUAGGAGAUAACAGAUGAAAAAAGACUCAAAUUUUUUAGUUGUGUAUGUAUUUUAGCAAUCUCAUCUCACCUAAAUGGGAUGUGUUUCAAGUAUAUUCCUUUUAUGGAAUAAGAACUCUGAAAACCCUAAAGUGUUCUAGGGAGAAACUGUCUUCCAUUUCAGUUUUGAAUCAGUAUUGCUACACCCAUUCCCUCACCUCUCACUUGCCUCUCUCUCUCUUGCUCCCUUUUUGAAUGUCUGUACGCUUCCUCUUUCUUCUUUUUUUUUAAUUGUAAACCAAUGUAAACGUGUGAGGUGCAUGUUUUUGUUUUGUUUGCUUUUUGAAAGAAAGUUCUGAUGAAACAGCUUAAUUUUCUGUUAGUCAAAAGAAACUCGGCUUUGUAAAACUACUGCAAUUUUUUCCCUACACAUAAAGGCACAAAAUAACCAUGCAGGAUGUAAAGUGAACAUACAGUGAGAAAAUCCGCUCUGGAUGCACUGAGUACAUCACACUGAGGUGGACAACCAAUUUAGGAAUGCACUGCCAUGGUUCCCCUAAGUUGUAGUUCCAGACUUAUGGAGCACAAGAAAUAUAUAAAAAUAUGCAAAUAAGAAAUAUAAACCCACCAGCCUUUUGAUACCUAGCAAAUGUUUAAGAUUUUUGUUAACACAAAGAUAGAUGUCACUGCCUUGCAUAAGGAUGCAGAGAUUGUGUCGUGCGUGUUUAACCCAUUUCAGAAGAGACAGAGGACAAGAAAGCUUUUCUUACUAUAACUCCCAUUUUAUUUGCAGUACUUAGUAUUAUGUUUUUCAACUUUUUCAUUUAAAUGACUGGAUAGUGAAAUUAUAUGAAUGUUUGAUGAUUUGAACAGUUUGUAAUCCCUUCUUUGCAUACCACAUCGGUGGAGAAAUGAUCAGGCUCUUACAAUACUCCAGUAUUCCAGGCUGGGAACUCUUUUACUUUCUUUUUUUUUCCUUUUUUUUUUUUUUUUUUACAGUAACUAUUCCUUUGCCAGAAGAAUUGUCUUGCGCAUUCUUUCUAACACAUACAGUUUUGUUAGAUGGAUCAUGGGUUUUACAGUAAGGAAAUGCCCAUUGACAUAACACAUGGUUACAAAUUCAAAAGAAACAUGGUCUUGGCAUGUUAAACCAGUAGCAAACAGACUAGCCAAGUGAAUUCAA